UUCGACUAAACAAGAACAUCUUUUGAGGUGUGAUCUGAAAAUUAGUUUACUUCGACAAUUUAUCGAACUUGUGGUUCGUCUAAUUCUACAAUGACGCCGCGUCCAGGUAGAAAACGGAAUAGAAAGAAUAAAGGCGAAAAUUUACAGAACAAAAAGUUGCACAAACAGAACGAAAACCCUGUGGUCAAGCGAAAGGAUACGGUGAAAAAGUCGUCAGACAAUGACAACCAAACUCAAAAUUCAAACGACGAAAAUAUGCAUGUACACGGUUCCAAAAAUGAUUAUUUAAGUGAGGAGUCGGACCAAACCGCCAGUAGUGACACCGAUGACACAGAUAACCAGCCCAAUUUGCGCAAUCGCAAUUUGGAGAAACUAGUCGAAGAACUUGUCAGCAAGAAAAUCCACGAACUACGUGAGAAACCAUUCGAAUGUCCUCGAAAAGAAAAACGUGAUCCCGGAAGCGCUAUUGCAUCGUACUUACGGAGUGAAGUGAAAGCAGAAUUUGUGACUAGGGCCUGGUGUAAAUUGUACGAAUGUUUAAGUGACUUUCCGAUUGUGAAAGUCAGUACAAAGGGAGAAUUCAAUUCGGUUCAUCUGUGCGAAGCACCUGGUGCAUUCAUUGCUGCCCUAAAUCAUUUUCUGAAGCUCAACUGUCCCAAUUCUAAGUUCAACUGGCGUGCGACAUCAUUGAACCCGCACUACGUGGGAGAUUCAUUCGAAAAUGCUAUUGAUGAUCGCUUAAUUAUCCAAACUUACGACCAAUGGGAGUUUGGCGAAGAUUUCACCGGUGAUAUAACACGCAAACAAAAUGUGGAUCAAUUGGUGGCACGGUGCAAAGAAAUGGGAGAAAUUAAUCUAGUCACGGCUGAUGGAUCUGUGGAUUGCGUAGACUGCCCGAACGACCAAGAAAAUAAAGUCCACAAAUUAAAUUUUGCAGAAGUGGUAGCAGCACUACAAAUACUGGAUAUGGGUGGAUCGUUCGUCUUAAAAAUGUUUACAUUCUUUGAAUUGACAACCAUUAGUCUGCUGUACUUCUUGGUAAAUAUAUUUGACACAGUCGAUAUAUUUAAGCCGGUCGCAUCAAAACAAGGCAACUCGGAAGUAUACGUCGUAUGUAUCGGUUAUCAGCGCAAUAAUAGAAACGUCAGCUACGUGCUAGAAAUGGUCAAUCAAAUGCCAAACAUCGAAGUCCCAAUGUUUGCCUUAGAUAUAAUUCCAGCUGAUUUCAUUGAAGAGGUCAAAGAAUGCGCCAAAAUGUUUAUGUUAUUGCAGAAAAAGGCAAUCCAGACCAACAUAUUCCAUUUCCACAAUCCACAAUGUAAUCUGCAACACAUAGAACAGCUCCAGUACGAAAUAAAAAAGGAAUUCUGCCGGCUAUAUCGUAUCAAACCUAUUUCCGAUAAAAUGAAAUUACUAAAUCUUAAGAAACGGUCGAAGAAGGGAAACGGAAACUUGAAGACAUGUACGGCGGCCAAAGAUUUGCAUGUCCACGAAAAGGAAACUGCAGCUGUUGCGAUUUCUAUGAAUCAAGUAGUUCACAAAGCUGACUAA